UUCAGUGUUAUUUAUUGCAAACUUGAUAUUCCAUAAGUCGGUAAUGAUAGCAUUAAUCACUAUUUAGAUUGCGUUUUUUUUCGACGAUUGCUUCAGAUUAAUAUUGUCUUUCAAAGGCCCACCUAUCUCCAGAAAUCAAAAUCGUAAAACACAGGAAAAGAAGGAUAAUCAAUAACACUGUAGUUGUAUAUCUUCAGCUGCACAAAUGUUGAAGAAAUAUUUAAAACACGUCUUCAUAAUGGAUAUAUAAACUUCGUCAAAAUCCACUUUCACGAAUAUUAUUAGCCGUAUCAUUAUGAUUGUGGACUUAACAUUUUUAAUAAAGUUCUUACCAAAUUACUUCUAUAGUAAAAUAGUUAAAUGAGGUAUGUUCAACCAGGAUAGUCAACCAGAGUGGAUUUUGUAACUUUUAAAGAUCUAUUGCAGAAUCGUACCAGUUAAUGUUAUUAUCAUAAGUAUCAAAUAAUUACAAUAAACUGUAAUGCUUUUUAAUUCAUUGCAAUUUUUUCCUAAUGAAUAGGAAUAACAUUGUUUUUUUUAUAGGUCCACCUGUAUUUGCACCGGAAAACAGAAAUUUAAAAAAAGGAGAAGUGGGACAGUCAAUAACACUGUCGUUUCAUAUCUACAGUUGCCCUGAUGUUGAAGAAAUAAUUAUUGAAAACAUAAGAGAGAAGCCAACCAAAAGUACACAAAUAAAGCAUUACAAUAUUUUGAAUUCUACAUUGCUUUACUCCGAGUUUAACAACACCGUAGGAAUUAAAGGUUACGAGAUUUUAAUCAAAAGUAAAGUAUUGGACAAAGAUGAUUUUCAUGUCUAUCGUAUUACGGCAAAGAAUCGUCUUGGUAAAAGCAGCUAUCAUUUUAAAAUUGUAGAUAUUGAUUUAUGGUUCAUCAACCAAACAGAGCUCAAUACAUUAGUUGGACAGGAAGGUAUAGGAAUGGAGAUCAAAUGUUCCUCUGACACUGUUCAGUACAUUACUGCUUUAUUGAUAGAAUCGAAUGAAUUAAUUAAAGCAAUUGGUGAUAAUUAUUCUGUGAGCUAUUCGUUUAAACCAGACCGAACCGAUCAUUUAACAAAAUAUAAAUGUAUGGACAUUACACACUCGUCAAUAGUGAUUGAAGUUCAAUUAAUUGUAAGGUAUGCUCCUGCAAUUAAAGGCCUUUAUACGAAUAAAACGAUAAAAUGUGAUUGCGAUGGCGUUCCAGCAAUAUACAGUGUGUACCGGUUAGAUCAAAUAUCAAAGUAUGGGGAACUUGUCCGUUCAGUAAACAUGAGUAAUGAAACAAUCAAUAUCAACACGGACCAUUUUCCGUACCAGAUAAAUGGUAUAUAUAUGUGCGUCGUUAGUAAUGGUGUACCGAGUACUAAUGGAAAAGUUCUACAGACAUGGUCAACACAUGUAAAAUAUGAAGGACCACCUGUAUUUGCAUCAGAAAACAGAUAUUUAAACACUGGAACAGUAGGAUUGUCAAUAACACUGUCGUUUCAAAUCUACAGUUACCCUGAUGUUGAAGAAAUAGUCAUCGAAAACAUAGGACCGAAGCCCACCAAAAGUAAGAAAUUCAAACAUAACAACUUAUUGAAUUCUACAUUGCUUUACUCAGAGUUCAACAACAUCGUAGGAGUUGAAGGUUACGAGAUUGUGAUCGAAAGUGAAUUAUUGGAUAUAGAUGAUUUUCAGGUCUAUCGUAUUACAGCAAAGAAUCGCCUAGGUGAAAGCAAUUAUUAUUUUGCAAUUAUAGAUAAUGAGAGUCUUCCGUUGAGCAAAAAUAAAAGAAGAAACUUUGUGAUCCUUUGCAGCAUCGCUACCAUUAUAUUUGUUUAUUUGAUGAUUACUCACGUCUGUGUAUGUGUAAAACAUAUAAAAACUCGGGACCAAAUACAUCAUAAUGUCGAAGAAGACCACAAUUAUCAUACAUAUGAUGAAAUUGGGACAAUUUCGUACCGCGCUGUAAGAACCAUGCGUUUGUCAGACACCAACGACAAUCAAGGCCAGUUCCGGACAGAGCAACAUGAAGUUGGUAUUUCAACUGGUGUCAAUCUGCAAUCAACCGAUGAUGAUUCAACUGAAUUGAUUAUAGGCGUUCCCGAUAAUGGUUUACAGCAAAGCGAUACAGCAGAUGGCCAAGUGCGACGUAUGCAUAUUUCCAUAGAUGAUAGAAACUCGUCUAGUACAGAUUUAUCUCAUAUACAGUCCACUGAUAUACCAAGCUUUGAAAAUACACUAAAUUGCGAUCAAACCAAUGAACAAAUCCAUACAGAAACCCCAAGUGAUCAGCAUAGUCAAACAAGUAUUGACUCUGAAAGUGAAACGUCACAGAAUGUUAUGGUAGGCAGUGAUGGGGAUGGAUAUGAAAACCCUUAUCAGAUUGUAUUACAAGAUCAUCAAGAUAGUUAUCAGUACACUCAGAUCACCAGAGAAAGAAACACUAGCAUCUCAUCUGUUACCAGCCUGCAAUCAUCCGAUGGUAAUACAAUUGAGUUGAAUGCAAUCUUUCCCGAAUAUGUUUUACAACAACGUGAUAUAACGGGAGUGCAAGUGCAAAAUAUGCCUAUAUCCAAGGAUGAUACGAACUUAUAUAAUACAGAUUUGACGCUGACCACGUGCACUGUCGUUCGAAUCGUGCAAAGUAUCGGAAAUAGCAACCAUUCUAUUAAAAAUACAAAUAAAGAAUCAUCAAGUGACAAAAAGAGUCAAGCGAGUGAUGACUCUGAUAGUGAAUCAUCAAAUAAUGUAAUGGUAGGUAAUGUUGGUGAUGGAUAUGAACAUCCUUACCAAAUGGUAUUACAGGAUAAUCCGGGAUGUAACCCCUACGCCGAAAUCAUUAGAGAAAGAGAUAACAGCAAUUCAUCUACUGAAUCUGAUUAAAGUAAAGAGCAACGAAUUGGAACAGGCCCGACCAAAAAGCAGAUUACACCAAUCUUCAAUUUUAAUUUAAAAUUUAAACAAAACAUGUUCAAAACAGAUAAGAACGCGAAUGUUCAAUCUACGUGUGUGGAUAGUUGAAAUAUAUUUUUUUCGAGAAACUUUGAGAUAACUUUUUAUAACAUGUAUAAUGCUUAAACAGCUUUUAUCGUCAAACAAAAUAUUGUAUGCACACAUUUAUAUUGCACAUAAUCGUGUCGCCCAGCACUGUUUAUUUCAAUGUUGUUUGUAAUCUACCAUAAAAACAAAGCUGCCGAUAUAUUUAAGCGCACGACGAUUUGACAUCCUUAUCAAAUUUAAAGCUGCGAGCAAUCCUUGAAACGGUAUGAUUAACAAUUGUUGUUAACUUUAUAUAUUUAUAACUGCUGUUUAUCAUACUGUUAUAUAUAUAAUAGUUAAUUGAUUUUGUUUUUGUAUUUGUUUAUUACUUUAAGUCAUUCGUUUAUUGUUUUACGAUCAAGAUGUAGGGUAGAAAUCCUAGCAAAGAAACCGUAGUUUUGAGUAAGUACGCCAACAAUGCCCGGCAUAAAGGGUGUUCCGAUCAAGAUAGUUAUACUACUAACUCAAUGUCGAAUAAAGUCACCAACCUGGCAAUAGUUCAUAUGAAUUUCCAGAACCAACGGACGUCCCCAGUUAUACCUUGAUGUCUUAUUUUAUCAUUCUAGGACAUUUAGGACAGUUGUUUUGUUAUGUUACUGCCUUAUUGGCAUAUACAUGUUAUCUGCUUUUGUAUAUCAUACAUUACUAUGUCAUAAAUCAAUUGUUAUUCAUGUAUGUACAAAUACAUUGUUUUUCUUUA